UGGGGUUGGAGGGGAGGGGUUCAGGAGGGUCUCUUCGCCGGAGGCGGCAGGAGGGCGGGCGCGGCGGCUUUAUGGCUCGGAGCAGAAGGAUCCGGGGCUGAACGCCCUGCCCGCCCAUGGAACUCGCGCCGGUGGCGGUAGCAGUCAUCGCGGCCACUCAAGGGGCGCCGGGAGAAGACAGGGCAACGGUGGAGACGCCGCCGGUUAUCUACACCAUGGAGAACAAGCCCAUCGUUACCUGUGCUGGUGAUCAGAGCCUUUUCAGUUCUCUGUAUCCAACACUUUCUCAGCAGCUCCCCAAAGAGCCCAUGGAAUGGAGACGGUCAUAUGGACGGGCCCCUAAAAUGAUCCAUCUGGAAUCUAAUUUUGUACAAUUUAAAGAAGAGCUAUUACCUAAAGAAGGGAACAAAGCUCUGCUGACAUUUCCUUUUCUCCAUAUUUAUUGGACAGAAUGUUGUGAUACAGAAGUAUAUAAAGCUACUGUAAAAGAUGACAUCACCAAGUGGCAAAAUGUUCUGAAAGUUCAUAGUUCAAUGGAUUGGUUAAUUGUUGUGGUUGAGUGUGAUGCCAAGAAAAAAAACAAAACAAAUAUCCUUCCUCGAACGUCUAUAGUAGAUAAAAUACGAAAUGAUUUCUGUAAUAAGCAGAGUGACAGAUGUGUAGUUCUAUCUGAUCCUUUGAAAGACACUUCCCGCUCUCAGGAAUCCUGGAAUGCCUUCUUGACAAAACUUAGGACACUUCUUCUCAUGUCCUUUACCAAAAACCUAGGCAAAUUUGAGGAUGACAUGAGAACAUUGAGAGAGAAGAGGACAGAACCAGAGUGGAGUUUUUGCGACUAUUUUAUGGUCCAGGAAGAAUUGGCUUUCGUAUUUGAAAUGCUUCAGCAAUUUGAAGAUGCUCUGGUGCAAUAUGAUGAACUGGAUGCCCUGUUUUCUCAAUAUGUUGUCAAUUUUGGUGCUGGUGAUGGGGCAAAUUGGUUGACUUUUUUUUGUCAGCCAGUACGAAGCUGGAAUGGGUUGGUUCUUCGUAAACCAAUAGAUAUGGAAAAAAGAGAACUGAUUCAAAACCAGGAAGCCACUCUGUUAGAUCUGCGCAGUUACCUUUUUUCCCGUCAAUGCACAUUACUAAUCUUUCUUCAGAGGCCAUGGGAAGUAUCUCAGCGAGCAUUAGAACUUCUUCAUAAUUGUGUGCAAGAGCUAAAGCUUCUUGAAGUCUCUGUUCCUCCUGGGGCUUUGGAUUGUUGGGUCUUCUUAAGCUGCCUUGAGGUUUUGCAAAGAAUAGAAGGUUGCUGUGAUCGGUCUCAAAUUGAUUCUAAUGUUUCCCACACAGUUGGAUUAUGGAGUUACGCUACUGAAAAGUUGAAAUCUUUGGGAUAUUUAUGUGGACUUGUGUCAGAAAAAGGUCCCAAUUCAGAAGAUCUUAACAGAACAGUUGAUCUUUUGGCAGGACUUGGAGCUGAGCGUCCUGAAACAGCCAAUACAGCACAGUCUCCUUAUAAGAAACUCAAAGAAGCUUUAUCAUCUGUAGAAGCUUUUGAAAAGCAUUAUUUGGAUCUUUCUCAUGCUACUAUUGAAAUGUACAAAAAUAUUGGAAGAAAUCGCUCAGCAAAGCUUGUUGGAAAGGAUCUGGCAGAGUUUUACAUGAAAAAGAAGAGUCCUCAAAAAGCCGAGGUUUAUCUUCAAGGUGCAUUAAAAACGUAUCUUGCUGAAGGAUGGACAUUGCUUAUUACACAUACACGAAAGCAAUUAGCAGAAUGUCAGAAGCACCUUGGGCAAACUGAAAACUAUCUUCAGACAAGCAGUCUUUUAGCUGGUGAUAAUAACUUAACUGAAGAAGAGCGGAAACAUUUUUGCCAAGAAAUAUUAGAUUUUGCCAAACAACCCUCAGAAACAGAAGGGCAGAAAGUUAUGCUUUCCAUGCAUUCCUUCGCACAGUUGAAGAAUCUACAUUUUGAUCCUCCUAAUGCUGUGGUUCAUGUGGGUGGAACCCUAUCUAUUGAACUGACGUUGGUAAAUCUGAUGCCCGUCUCAGUGAAUGUGGAUCACAUUGCUAUUAAUGUCCAUUUCAGCAUUGAAAAAAAUAGCUACCGGAAGACAGCUGAAUGGCUUACGAAGCACAAGACUUCCAAUGGUAUUAUCAACUUUCCAAAUGAAACUGUAGGUGUCUCUCUUUCAAGAAGUGGCUUACAAGGGCUGGAGUUGUAUGAAAUGUAUGAAAGAAGUCCGUCAGAUAAUUCUUUGAACACAACAGGGAUCAUCUGCAAAAAUGUGCAUAUGCUGUUACGAAGGCAGGAGAGCAGCUCUUCACUGGAAAUACCUAUAGGGCUGACUCUGGAGGAUGGGGCCCACGUAUUAAAAUGUAGCAAUUUAAUACUGGAACCAGGGAUCAAUACAAUAACUUUCAGAACCCAGGGCAAAGAACCUGGAACAUAUACACUCAGGCAGUUAUGCAUUUCGGUGGGCAAAAUGCAAUUUGCCCUACUUCAUAUUUAUCCAAUUGUGCAGUAUGAUAUUUAUUCUCAGGAGCCACAGCUAAAAGUGGAACCAUGUACUGAUAGCCUUUUGGCUGGCAUUCCUCAGAAGGUGAAAUUUACAGUGACUACUGGCCACUAUACUAUAAAGAGUGGAGAUGCACUACAACUAAGUAAUGCUGAUGCCAUGCCUGUCUUGUACCAUCCUGAAAGCAAAGCUGUGAUUUAUUCAAACACUCAAGAAAAGGUAUCAGAAGCAUCAUUAACUGUUCAGUCAUCUGAAAAAAUCACAAGCAUCAGUUUACCAAUGAUUCCUGCUUAUCAUGUGAUUACCUUUGAACUUGAAGUUUUAUACUCACCAUCAGUCCCAAUAUGUAUGAUGGAAAAUGAGAAUCUAUCAAGUAAAGAGUGUAGGAAAAAAGGCAAAGAGAAAGAAACGUCUUACAAUAGCAUGGCGACAAUUGAUCAAAAGGUAACCAUUGAUUGUCCAUGGUCAAUUUACUCCACUAUUAUUUCACUUACCUUCAGUGUACCUUUUAAAGCCAAGCAUUCGUUAUUAUCAGCAGGCAUAAGGAAAUAUAUACAAGUUUGUGUGCAGAACAUGUCAGAAAUCUGUUUUCAGUUCUCUGACAAUAAUCUCAAAAGUUCUGACAUUUACAAAGAUUUAAGUCUUCAACCUCUAAAUCCGAAAGCUGAACAGCACAUCUACAGUAAGCAAGCAAUAUUUUUUGUCUGGGAACUGAAGUGGACAAAAGAGCUUCCCCCAUCAUUGCAGUGCAUAUUUUCAAUGAACUUUUGUUCUGCAUUCUCGGAGGAUCACUCUUUUUCUCUGAAGCCGUAUACUUAUGAAUUCCAGCUGGAAAACUUUUUUACAUUGUAUAAUGUGAAAGCUGAGAUUUCCCCCCCAUUGGGGGCAGAAUAUUGUAAAACAGGCUCGCUCUGUUCAUUGGAAGUGUCAAUUACCCGUCUUUUAGACCUCCUGGAUGUGGAUAAAGAUGAAGCAUUAACAGAAACGGAUGGAUACUGUACAACCAAACUGAUGUAUGAAGUUGUGGAUGACAAUAGUAACUGGGCAGUCUGUGGAAAGAGCUCAGGGGUAAUAUCUAUGCCAGUAGCAGUUCAAGCAACCCAUAAAGUGCAUAUGGAAGUAAUGCCCCUCUUUGCUGGAUACCUCCCUUUUCCUGAUGUUAAACUAUUUAAAUAUCUCCCUCAUCACUCUGCUCACUUUAUGCAGCUUGAUGCUGAUAGCUGGAUUGAAAAUGAUAAUCUCUCUGUGGAUAAAAAUAUGGAUGAUCAAGCUGACAACAGUAGCAUAAAAAGCAGAGGCAGCAUACAUUCAACAACCAGUGCAGAACACAAAGGUUUGCCCAUGCCCCGACUUCAAUCGUUUUCCCCUGGACAGGUCUACAAUUCUAGUUCUGGCAUGCAAAUCCUUGUCAUCCCCAGCAAAGAUGAUCACAUUUUGGAAGUCAAUGUCACAUGACGUUUCUCUGUAGAUGUGUAGAAAUAUGCACAUGAGACUUGAAUAUAAAUGCACUUUAAGAGAUCAUAACCUAAUAGUUCAUCAUUGAGAUAUUUUAACACUAAUAGGCCUAUGGCAAUUUAGUCCUUACUGGCCCUGGAAGCAUCAGACAAUUGUAUCAAUUUAAAUAUACAGUGAUACUUGUAACUGCUAGUUUAUAUUGCUACUUUUUGUGUAAAAUGAAUUCUGGAAUUUUUUUUUCCUCUGACAUUCUGCUGAUGAAAUAAAAAAUGCUUACUGCAAAUCGUUAAUUUGAGCAGCUUCAAUAAUUAGGUUCCUGCUCAAAUAAUAUUUCAGGUUGACAUACAGUGUUAAGUCUUGCAGUGUGGCAAGUAAAUACUAAAGUGUGUGCCUUUCUAGUCACAUGAUUGUCUGAUUUCCUGGACCAGGGUACUUUUCCAAAUUUCUGUGUAAUAGAGUGAUUCUUAAACCCAUAACUAUCUACAAGAUUUUAAAUAAUACAUGUUGUGUAUAUAUGUAGAGAGAGAUAUAUAUAGAUAUAUAUUUAUUUCUUGAAGACUUAACUUCUUCUGUGCCUUGGAACAUAACUGAUUUAUCAGUCUGCUGAUGCUCUUGAAUUUGUACCAUAUAGAGAACCAUUUUGUCAACACAUGGGAUAAUAUGUAGAGACACAUACACAUAUAUGCAUGACACCUUGAUGCAAGUAGCAAAGUGGCACAAAAGUGGUUAAGUUAAAAUUAAACACACAAUCCAUUAAGGUUGGAGUGAAGACACAAAACCUGGUCUAAGAUUGUCCCCAAAAGUAAUACUUAAAUGAUUAGAUGUAAAAUAUUGGGUCUUAACUAAAUUGAUUUUGUUGAAUAUUUCACUUGACAUUUUUAACACCAAAGUUUCUUUUCCUGUUACAGUUGUUAAUUUAUUAUGGACUGCAGAGCCAUAUAUAUAGUAAAAGAGCAAGUGUGUUUGUAUAUACACGCAGCCUUCCAUACCAUACUAAAAACUGAAAAGGCAAGAGCUGCAGGGAGCCUUAAUUGUUUUUGCAAUCUGGUUAUAGGUGAAUUUAAGGUCCUAGUUUGAAUUUGUGGUGCAACAAACUGCAUUUACACCAACUGAUUACUUUUUAGUUGUAAAUCUAUUGUAUAAAUGAUUAUUUUAAAAUGUCUGAAAUAAUCUGAUGUAUUUGUCUGUGUAUAAUUUGUUCCAGAAAUCAAGGACAAAAUAAAUGUGUUUUUAUCGGUGUGAAAAUCAAAGCUUGUAAAUACAUUUAAUAUGUUGAACUUUUUCCAGUUCUUAGAAACAAUGUAUUUUUGUACAUAAACAUUUCUCUAAAUUUCACUGUAAUUACCUUAGCUGCUGCUCAUAUCAAUUAUUAGCUUACACAGUUACUUUAUUAGUGAAUAUAUGUAGCCUCUUAGUAAUCAGCCUCCAUCACAUUUGAAAACAAUGAUAAUUCCAGAUAUAGGAGGCAAAAUGAAAUAAAAAUCCAAAUUCAUUUAUUAAGCUAUAUAGUAUGUGCAUGUGUUCCAAAAUUGUGUAUCUAUUCGUGAUUACUUUGCCUACCUUCAGAGCGAUUGAACCUUAUUUUUAUAGGAAAUGAGACAUCACAUUUCUGCUAAUUUGUCAAUAGCUGUUUUGUAUGUUCAGUUUUCUUCCUUUUAUAGAAACUUCCCUCAUGACAUUUCCAUUGAAGUCAAGUUGAUUGUCUCUUUGCCAUUUGCUUUAUUUAGAAAAAAAAGCAAGCUCUCAAACAUCUUUUUGACAAUAAUUUCUCUUAAUCUUGGUUAUUUCCUUAUAAGAAUUAACAAGAUUACACAAUGAACAUAUGUAUACACAUUAGUUUCUUGUUUAUAUAAUUUUUUAAACUAGACUUAAACUGUCUUUUGAACAAAUUUGAGUAUAAAUGUAUAUUUUGGACAUGAUGAAUAACCUGAUUUAUUGUGAAAAAAUCCAAAGGCAAAGUUUUAUUAGCAAUUAAUGUAGAAGGUUUUCGUUAUAGCUUCAGAGCAGCAUAAAGUUUUCAUGUUCAUAUUGAAAUGACGAACUUCACUAAAAUACACCAGAAGUGUAUUUUAAUCACUACUGAGGUGAUAGCAUAUGUAUAGAAGGAAAAUAUUGCUUUCUAACUUGUAAAUAAUUGAUUCAAUUUGCAAUAUAUGCAUCUGAGGGAAAAAAAGACAAAUGAUCUUAUUUGUAGAUAACUUUCAAGCCUGUAAAUAUGUGCAAAUGGGUUAAAGGAGUAAAAUUUUGAUGAUUUUCACAGAUUUGUGAUUGGAAAAAUUAACUCCUUUUAUGGAAAUUGUUGGAUUUAAAUGACAUUUGUGGCAUAUCCUACUUGCAACUCUGUACAAUAUUACACUAUAGGUGUAAUGUCAAUGUAGAAAAGCAAAUAGGAAAAAUAUCCAGAAAAUUAUUAUCCAGUUUUAUUCUUUCCUAAAGCAAUGCCAUGAAAAGUAGGGAAUAAACUGUUAAGAAAUGGAAAACAAGCUACUGGAUAAAGUGAAUAAAAAUCUUGAAUA